AUGACCCAGCCCCCCCGCAGAGACAGCCGGGGGCACUGCCGCCUCGCCCCUGGGGCCCCUGGGACACCCACGGACACAAAGGCUGGCCCCAAGCCCAGUCCGAGGGCGCCCAGGGAGGAGCCGGGGAGCAGCAGGGCCCUUGGACAGAGGCGCGCCGUGCAGCGCUCCGCUGUGUCUGCGUUUCUCCCCAGGGCAGACGGUCCGCGGUCCUCUGCAGCCAGGAGGGGUUUCACGGCGGCCCUGAGGGGGCCCGGGCCCUGUGAGCAGCCAGGUGCCCCGAGGGGUGCUCCCUUCGUGGCCUGGUCUGACCACCUCGAGAGGCCAGGCACCCUGGGGAAGGCCAGCAGCUCCCCAUGGUGGACAGCAGGCGAGGAGGCCAAGGAUGGGGACAGCUCGGUGUCAUCAGGCCGUCUGUCCGGCUCCUCUGGGGGCCAUGAGCCGUGUGUACUUCCCCACCGGCCCUGGACUGAGAGGCCCCCCCAGGUGCUGGGGUCCCCGAGGCCUCACAGGGAGAGCAGCCCCCGGCUGGAGCAGCUGAGGGACAGGAUCCGGGCCCAGGCGCGGUGGCAGGGCAGCUGCGCCUCCCUGGGGACCUCGAUGCCCUCCAGCGCCUCGCACCUCCACAAAGCCUCCAUGCCAGCCCCCGGGCAGAAGGUCCAGAAGCUGAAGAAGCCCCCUGCGGCCCCGGCCUACCCAGUUCCACAGGAAAACCCCCAAAACAUGAAAAGUAGUUCUUGUAAAAGAGAGAAGUCCUCCGCAUUGUCCGCCCGAAAGGCCGCCAAAGACAAGGGUGAGUCUGACUCCGAGCUGGUGGGCGCUCACGCCUGGAGGAAAGGACAAGCGCUGGCAAGGGGGCUGCUCGGGCCCCCGCCCCCCCUCCCCAGGCUCCAGAACAAGGCGGCCUCCAGGGAGACGGCCCACAACCUGGAAAUAGGGGACACCGACAAGGUAGGAGCUGCUGGGAGCCACCCUGUCCGCCCCCGGACGCCCAGUCCAGCUGCUCUGCGCAGUUACCCACAGGUGCCUCCCAGCACACCCUUCCGGGCACCCUGCGACCAAGCCGUGACCAUCCAGUCGGCUCUGGCCAUCCUUCAAGACCUGCGCCAGCAAAUCCAGGCAGGGCUGGAGUUGGCCCGAGACCAUCAGCUCAGGCGAGGGCGUGAGCAGUGGCCGUCACCACGGUGGCGGCGACAGGAGCCAGCAGAGAGGAGGCCCCAGGGCGCCUGCAGGGCCCCAGACCUGCGGGGCUCCUUCUCCAAGAGUCCCUGGGUCCCCACGAAGGGGAUGCACUCCUCCUCAGAGAGGGCUGGGAGCGUCCCCGGGCAGCGCUGGAGAACCUUGGCCCGAUGGGAGUCCCAGCCACGGAGGCCCUGGUUGGCCCAAGGACGGGACCCUGCUUUCCAGAGGCCUGGGAGUCCCCGAGAAAGGCUGAGCUACUUCCCUCAGCGGCCCUGGAGCGCGUCGGCUGGGCAGAGAGCCCGGGCCACUUGCGAAGGCUGGGAGGCCCCCGCCCGAGGACCGGGGAGCCCUCUGGAAAGGCCAAGCCCUCGUGUCCAGCGGCCCUGGAGUGCCUCCCUCACCAAGUGGACUGGCAGCCCGUGCGAGGGCAGGUGCUCCCUGCCGCCUCCCUCGGGAGCGAGGAACGCCUGGCUCGGGCCCGCCCGGAGCACCCUCCAGACGGCACCCAGGAAGGACAGUGAGGCGCAGGUGCCGCUACCCUGCCCGAAGACCCGGGGGCUCCUGGGCCGGCCCUAUAGCCCAGAGUCCCUGCGGGAGUUCAUGCGCCAGAAGGCGCUGGUACGGCGGCAGCAGGCCCUGGAGGAGAAGGUCUCGGCCGUGCGGGCGCUGGAGCUGAGGAACCAGAGGCUGCAGGAUGUGUACAGAAAACAGAGGGAGGCCGUGCUGGGCAAGGCCGGCCCGAUCAAGGCCGGCCCGGUCAAGGCCGGCCCCGUCAAGGCCGGCCCCGUGGUCUCCCAGACCAACCCCAGCAUUGUGACCUUUGUGCCGCACUCCGCGCAGUCCUGGGACUUGGAGGCGCCCGGGGGCGUGGGGUCGCCCGUGCUGCAGUGGAGCAAGGUGACUUCCGGCAUGGUGCUGGGGGACCAGGAGGCCCCGGGCAGCUUCUGCCUGUGUCUGAACGGAGCCCUGGACGGCGCUGAGCCCCCGGAGCCAGCAGGCCCCCAGGAGAGCCGGGAGGGCGCGCCCCCGCUGCAGUCUGCCAGCCCCUCCCUGGGCCGCCCGGGGCUCCGGGACCUGGCCACCCAGCACCCCUGCCCAGGCCUGUGCAUCUACCUGGACCCUGAGGAGUCCGAGCGCCUCGGCACGCCGGGGCCCCUGCACUUCCGGUACAAGCAGGCCCGGCUGCAGGCCCUGGAGACCAUGGCCAACAUCCUGAAGCAGCGGAUUGACGUCCUGACCGCCAAGCUGCUCGGGGCCGAGGCAGCGGACGCUCCCAAGGGCCUGGCCUCAGACCUGCCACCCUCGUGCCCCAGCACUGUGCCUGCGGCCUCCACACCCGCCACACCAGCCUGCCCCAGAGCCUUGGUGCCCCACGGGGGCAGAGGGGCUCCCUGGGACCUGCCAGCCAGGCCACUGCUCUCUCCUGCCAGCUUCCUGGACGGCGAGGCGCUGCUGUGGGGCCCUGGCUGGCAGCAGCGGCGGGCCGUGAGCCCCAGGGCCCACCCGGCUGGCCAGCCCCGAGGUUUCGUGGAGGACAGAUGUUCGGAGCUGGACAAGAGGCUGGCGAGAAACACAGCUUCCUUCCAGGCCCUCUGCCCCUUGGCAGGGAGCAUCUGCCUUCUCAGCCCCAGGACCGCCCACUCGUUCCAGAACACUCUUUUCCAGGUCAUCCCCCCUCCCCCCGGUUGCCUGUGCUCCCACGGGGCUGCCGCCUCCCCGAGUCUGCAUGUAGAACCCCGAGUCACUGCUGCUCAGACGAGGCCCCACCAAGCUGGGGAACCCGCGGGUGUCAACCUCUGCAGGCCCCUCCCGCUCGCUGCCCUCUCGACCCCUGGGCGCAGGCCCCUCCCUCACGGGCCUUGGCCCUCAGGUCCCGGCUUGGACACUGUCAGAGCCAGAGAGCCCUGUGGGCCGAGGGGCCCAGACCCCCACCACCCCACUCUCCCGGCUCAUGUGUGUGUUUGUGUCCCCAGCUCACCUGGGGUGCCAGAGCCACCAGACCCCACCUGCGGCUCCCUGUGGCUGGAGGAGACGCCAUGGGCCAGAGGGGCAGGCUCCAUCACGCCCUGGACCCUGCAGAGCUGCGGUCAGCCGGGCCAGCUGUGUGCCAAGCACCUCGCCGACAUCCAGCAGAAGUCCCUGAGCUUUCUCCGGUCUUUGGAGCGGCACCAGCAGGCUCAGGAGCAGGCGCUGGCCCUUCUGCGGCAGCGGGCGGAGUCGGAGGUCUGGGAGACCCGGAGGGCCCUGGAUGAGCUGCUCUUCAAACACCGGCUGGAGAGGCUGAUGGGGAGCCACGCUACCCAGGCCAGGCCGGGAGCAGCUCCAGAACUGGAGGGGCUGCAGGUGUGUGGGGACCCGGAUCUGAAGACCUCACAGAGCGCCAGAUGGAGGUCACAGCCUGCCCUGGGCGGAGAUGCUGCCGUGCCCUCCCAGAGCUCCAAGGAAGGACAGGGGAGGCGGGCCGGCCACUCAGCCUCUGCAGAGCCAGAGGAGGAAGGGAGGCCGGACCAAGCCCUCUCCCAGUGGCUCCUGGCCAGACUUCAUCCUGGGGACAGCCCCAUCCACCAGAUGUUACAGAAGCGCCUCCGGGAGCAAAAGCUGCGCACACAGCACCAGGCCGCGCUGCUGAGCCUGCGCAAGAAGGCACUGGAGGAGGAGACGCGCUCGGAGCUGGCCCGGCUGGAGCCUCGGAGAAGGUGGGCGCAAGCCCCGCCCCCGGGAUUCUACGAGGGGAACGUUGCUGGGCUGGUAGCCUGGACAGAGCAGCGGCGGCAGGCCCUCGGCAGCCUUGAGCGGGAGCAGAGGGAGAUCUGGUACCCAUGGGACAGCCACCUGUUCUCACACCACGAGAGGAUACUGCUCCUGCAGCAUCACCGGGACAUCCUCUCCGUGCAGAGGUCCUUGGCCCGCCUGCAGCAGGAGCUCCAGGCCACGACCCGGCUGCUUCAGAGUUCUGGCCCCCAAAUCCCAGCCCCCAGGGACGGGGACUCUGAGACCAGCCAGCAGCUGGAGGGGCCUGUACAGGGCACAUCUCGCCCCCCGACGCCACACAGGCCUGGCAGCCCCACCAGCCACCGCCCCCGAGGAAGCCCUGGGAGCCCAAGAGUCGCACUCCUCGUCACGGAGCAGCAGGACGGGACACCCCCUGGGGCAACUGCAGCUGUGGAUGGUCACCUGCAGCCUCUGAGGCCAGCUUGGGGACAGGAGACACCCACGGCCGAAGGCUGGCCCGACGCCCAGGGCGGGCCGGUGGAGAGCGGCAGCCACGUGGGCCACGGAGACGCGCAGACCAACCCCGGGCCCCAGGCGGCAGAGCGGGAGAGCACAGCCCUGACGGAAGGCCAUUCGCAGAGCUUCCGGGGCUGGAGCCCACACUCGCCCGGCAGAGAGGGGCCCUGCAGCCCCGGGGAAGCCAGCCAGGCGGCUGAAGGCAGAGUGGGGGCGGAAUCGGGGCUGGAUUUUGUUGGCAGCCCUGAGGGGGAGGCCCCCGCAAUGGAAAGCCAGCGGCCAGAGGAGCAGAGGACAGAGUCCCGCUGGCACAAGGAUCCCCACGGCCCGUCCUCCUGGCAGGAAGCCGCCCAGCGGACCACCUGUCCAGCUCCUGCAGAGGCUGAGGGGGUGACGCCCCCCACCCAGCACCAGGGCAGCCCCCUGCUGCAGCUCACCGCCCCCUCCGGGACUUGCUCCGGGUCCUCACUGGGGUCCCGCAGCCUCUCUCCUGUGAGCGACCUGUCCUGUCCCUCUCUCCAGGAGUUCCAGAAAGUGUCCGCCUUUCUGGUCCAGCUUUCUGAGAGCUCCACCUCCCUGUCAGACUGGGAGGCCGGGGACAGCCCAGACGCAGACCUGGGCUGGUCUGGGGGGUCUUUUCCCCGAGACCCUGGGGGGCUGCACGAGGACAGAGGGCAGGCGGCCUGGGAGAAGCCAUCAGGCAGUGGGACCAGCCCCCUGCACGGCCCCUCCACUGUGUCGGGAGGCCCAGAGUCGGAGCCAGGCCUCUGGCAGCGGGGCUGGACACCGCUGUCCCCCAAUGUCCCCUCCCCCAGGGCGGGAUCGGGGCUGUCAGAGGCACACAGUGAGGUCUGGGACCAGGAGGGUCUGUUGGAGCCUGGCACAGGUGCCCAGCUGGCCGUGGGGUGCACCUCGCCUGCCGGUGGCUCCGAUGACCUGGAGGAUGGAGGGGCGCCCCAAGCGCCACUUCUGUCCCUGGGCCCUGGCGGAGGACAAGAAGCUGCUGGAACCAGUGGGAGCCUGCCCAGUGGAUCAGACACAGGAAAGGCCAGUUGGGCGUCUCCCGAGGCUGCUCGCACGGCUUUCCCAUCCGAUCCCAGUUCUUGCAGUGACCCGUCCCUGUCCCUGUCCUUUCCUUCAGGGGCCUCAGCAUCCAAAGGGGCGGGUUUCAGCAAAGGAGUGGGGCCUGGGCCUCCACAGGCCUUCCCUGGCUGUGCAGAAGGGCCCCGGGCUGCCGGCCUGAGGGCGCCCCCCGACAGAAAGCCCCCAGAGCCUCCUCCUGGAGCCCCUGGUCUGCCAGCGGCCCCGAGAGCCGAGAGCUGGGCACCUGGGCCGGGGGGGUGCGGCUCAGCCCCUGUCCCGGAGGAAGCCCAGCCUCUGCCGGGCAGCCGAGUCCUGCAGGAGAUCCUGUCCCCGGUGGACGAAGUGCUGUCCUAUGGCAGUGCCGACCUCCCGUCCUGCACGCACAGGGACGCCCACUUCCCUCCUCUGCCUCCCACCCUCCAGGCAGAGGUCGGGGCCACCCUCAGCCCCCACUCAGAGGACUUCCCUUCCCCGCCCGAAGACGCCCUGUGUUCUGGUGGCUCGCUGAGCCCCCCGGAGGAGGGCGCCUCCAUCAACUCCUGUGAGUUGUCCUCCUUGUCUGAGGAGGGGCCGCCCGAGGCACCGUCCCCGGGGUCCCAGGGGGCCAGCCUCUGCCCAGGGGCAAGUGGACAGAGCAGAAGCCUCGGGGACCCACUGGGUGAAUCAAGUUCUUUUGGGGGGAACCAGGCUGUGGGGGGCCAGUGGUCUGAACCCUUUGACUGGCUAGGGUCCCCCUCCUUUGGGGGGGCAGGCAAUGCCCUGAGUAGGACCCCAAGGCUGUCAGCGCAGCAUCCAACCCUGUCCCGAGUGGACUGUGCAGCGGGGGCGGGCCUGCUGACACCUCCGACGGCUGGCGACACAGGGCUGUCUGGCACCUGGCAGGGGGACCCGGCUCCUGCUUUAGACGUGGGUCCCUGUGCCGGGCCGCCCGGCAUGGGCAGGGCGCAGGUGGUGGACCUGGUCUCCACGCGGCUCACCAGGAGGGUCCUGUGCGACACCCUGGCUGCACUCUCAGACGUGGCCCCACCGGGCAGCCCCACCGGGGAGCGGGCGGGUGGCAGCUGUGUCACCGGGCCUCCCACGGGGGGGCUGGGCAGUCUUGGGGGAGACGGGACUUCUGAGAAAUGAGUAGACGACCUACGGUGACCCAGAGGUGUCAUCGGCAUCACUGUGAUUGUGUGUACGUGUGCAGAUGUGUGUGCGUGUGCAGAUGUGUGUGUGCGUGCGCAUGUGUGUGUGCUGGGGGCCUCAGGGAGCCCGGGCCUCCCCAGGGCAGAGCCGCCACUCAGAAGGGCUGGCCAGGGAGGUGGUCAUAGGAUGCAGGGCCUGAGACUGGGCGGUGACUCCCCGACCUCAACUGCAGAUUGGCUCCGCCCCCAUGUUUCUGGGCAUUGGGCCCCGAGGCUUCCCCUGGGCUCUUCAGGAGGACCCUGACCCAAACAGAGGAAGAGGCAGGAGCGGACAAGUUGUGCAAGGCAUGUUGAGGCCGCUGGCCAGGGAAAGGGGUGAAGGGCUCGGAUUUGAGGGAGAACAGUCCUGCGGAGCUGGGGGCAGGGGAGCAGGUCCUGGGCACAGACUUGUCACCGGCUGAGGAGACCAUGUGCCAGGACGGGGCCAUCAGCAAAGGCCAGGAGAGGGAGGGCGUGGCUUCAGGGACACAGGAGCAAGGCUCUGAGGUGGGCUGCGGUCAAGCUGCGGACACACGCCCCUCGGCCUUGCUCAGGAAAUCAUCUGUGGGGACGGUUGUGGGAGUUUGACCUCUGGAGGCCAAGGGUUGCCUGCGGCCCGCGUAUCUGGGGCGGGCCUGCCACACUGAUGACGGCUGGCGACACAGGGCUGUCUGGCACCUGGCAGGGGGAGCCAGCUCCCGCCAUGUGCCUUCCCUGUGUCCAGGGAAGUCACUUUGGCUGGGUGACCAGGGCGCACGUCUCCUGUGCGGCCCUGCAGAUAGAGGACGUGGCAGGUCCAGGGUGGAAGGGCACUCCCUCGCCACAGCCAGCCACCCUGGGACCUGUCCCCUGGGGGUGGAUGAGCCGAGGCCUCCCCCAAACGAGUUCCUCUGGAAGAAGCGAGAGCCCAUUUCCUCGUGGCGUCUGUUACUGAACAUGCCGUCCGUGACCCCACCUGGCUCGGGACCGUUUUCGGAGGUGUUGGCCGUGCUGCGCCGGAACUCCAUGCUGCGGCCGCACCCAGGGGAUUUCCUGUGGGGGGAGUCGGAGAAGAUGAACCAGGAGCAGGACUGAGGGCUGCCAGGUGGAGGCCCUCCGGGACGGGGGCUCGGCAGGCCCGGGGCAAGGUGGUCCUGGGGCCCGCUCCGUAGGACAGCCCCGGGGCAGCUGGCCUUCACGGGCCUUCACGGGCCUUCACGAGCCAGCACUGGUGCCUAAUCAUAGGAGCCACCACCCAAGACGCUGACCAAUGGGCUCUGAAUGGGUCCCUGCAGCGCCCCCCACGCCCCAGAGCAGGGCUGUUGCCAUCGCCACUGUGCUGACAGAAGCCGCAGGAUACUUGGGCCGACAAGGACAAUGGCAGACACUUACGUCCUGUUUGCUGGUUCCCAGGACUUUGUCUCUGGGCCACAGUGGGGGCCUGAGCUUCAUCUCCCUCGUACACCUGGGAAGCUGGAGACUGCCCCUCCUGGGGACUCCCAUAACUCAUCUGCAUCUGGUGUAUCAUAUGCCCUGUUAUCUGUCACCUCUCCUGCUUCUGCCCAUCUGCCUGCUCUCAUCCAUCCUCCAUCCAUCCUUUCCCAGUUCUCUUCUUGACCUGGAAAAUCCCCGAGUGAUGGGGAGUCCAUAGCCCACUGAGCGGUGCAGUGGCCUUAGGAAUGGCCGGUCCUGGUGCCGAACCCUCCAGGACCUGACUCCUCCCAUCCAGACCCCAGCUGCCCCAGGUGUAAGAGCGGACCUCACUCACUGAACUACUUCCUGGGGAGCCCCACCUCCGUGACCCGUAGUGUGGGAGACGUCUGUGAAGCUGGCAUGACAGAGCCACCUGUGCCCUCCACCCUGCCACCCGGGUGCACGGCCCCUGAGAACACUGCGGGGCCCUCCCCCAGGCCCCAGCCUCUGGGGCGGCCCCUCAGGCUCAGGCCGGCUGGGUCCCAUGCCACCGCACACGGCGCUGGCUGACAGUUCAUGUAGAUGUCUCGGUGGCUGCCCCAGGCCCACCUUCAAGCGCAGGACAGGUUUGGAGCAGGCGGGGAAAUGUAUUCAUUCUCUGUGCACACGAUUUCCAACCAAAUUUUGAGCUUCAGUUUUUGGUUUUUAAUUGAUUCCCUUCCAGUCUUCUGAACAAAUUAGUCCGUCAUUUUUAAUUUUUUCCCAUUGAUGGCUGACCCUUUGGGAUUUAUGAUGCCGCGUGAGAGGAAUCAUGUG